AUGCAACCCAUUUGGCUGAUAAUUUGUCUCCUCGAAUUCGUGGACUCGAUGUACUACGCCAAUGUCGGAAUUCCUGGUUGUGUCACAUACAACAAUACGUGUGUGACAAAAUGCCCGGAGCACAUGCACCGAGUGGAUAGCGAGUGCCGGCCGACGCCCUCCCAGCGGACGUGCGACGAGCCUGUCGCGAUGCCGAUGGGCGUGAUAUGCGGCUGGUCGCGCUGCGAUUGCGACUUCCCGUUCGUCUGCACUUAUCUUCGGGAUACUGCUUCGCCUACGAGGACUGUCCCUGAU